CCGUAAACCAACACAAACCCAAUCCAUAAAAAAUUGAAUUUAUACCCAUACAUUAUCGGUUUACAUCUUUUCCAAAUGCUAUUAGAUUGAACAAUUCGUAAUGAAAUUUACAGCAUUCAAAAGCUGCCGAAUUACGAAAAAAUCAACCCGGGCUCUUUUCCCUACCUUCAUAGCGAAUUACAGCUAUUGUAUAGCUAGUAAUCCUUGGUAUUUUAUCUUAAUAUUUACUCUUUUAUCAAUUACUGGUAUUUAUUCUGCAUUAGUUGCGUAUCAGCAGUCCCUGUCCGAUUCAUCAUUGACUAAUUGGUCUGCUUGGUUUGCAGAAUGCAUAAAUGCCAAGCCCUUAGUUAUUACAAAGCAGCUUUACCUUCUUGGAACAAAUUCAUCAGUAUAUUCUGAGGAUUAUCUUUCAAACGCUUAUAGAUGGGAAACCAGUUUCCAUGAAUCCUUGGCCCAAAACGAUUACCCUUGCAUCAGAGAUGAGAAAUCAUGUGUAACUAUUUCUCCAAUACCAAAAUUCUACGAAAAGGUAAAUCCAAUAGCAAAAUACUCCUACACGAAAAGCCUGCCUGAAGAACCACGCUUAUUAAAUAACGAUACAAUCGCUGAAGGGAGGGAUUCUUUGAGCGCCUUUGUGAUAACUUAUUUUUUAAAGCCUGAGCAUUUAGAUACUUUUAAUUCUGUGCUGCAAAGCUUUAUCUCAGAAUCUCCACAACUGUAUGCUAGUACAAUUGACCAGAAUCCAACGACUGUUGUCGCUCGAAUUCCAGAUAUAAUACGCAUCCAUCGUUGGUACUUAUGGUUUGGCUUUGGAAUAUUACUCUACGGCUAUUUAUAUCUUUCUUUAGUUCGUUUACAAGAUGUUCGUGCUAAAUUCGGUUUAACUUCGACGAUAUUUAUCCAGAGUGGGACAGCUUAUCUCUCAGCUUGUUCUAUUCUUUAUUUUUUUGAAAGAACCGGGCCUAUUUGCCCCUGGCCAGUUGCUUACUACAUAAUUAUCUUUAUGGACAUAGAAAAUUCAUUCCGUCUUUUACGAGUGGUCAUUGCAUCGUCACCAACUAAACGUGUCCCAUCACGCAUAAUGGAAGGUUUUACUGCUACCUUUUUAACAUCAUUAACCUCCUUAUUUACCAAGUUGGUGACACUUUUCAUUUUAAGUUUUUUUGUUUAUCCGCUUGUUCAGGAAUUCUGUUUGUUUCUUGCCUGCUCUUUCGUUAUUAGUUUUAUGCUUCAUAUGAGUUUUUUUCUGGCUGUGCUUAGUGUUGAUAUUCGUCGUUUAGAACUUCAAGAUUUCCUUGAUGCUCCAACUUCAGCGAUUAAUGCAAAACGGUGGUUUACGUACCUGGAUUAUUUUAAAUUCCUGUGGUCUCCGUACAUCAUAAACAAUUUAGGAGUAUUCUCGUUGUACGCAUUUAUUAUUUUUCUUCAGUUAAGGUCGAGCAUGCAAAUUAAUGGCUUUUGGCGGCUUGCUUCUCCCAACAUUCGUUUUCUCAUCACUCUUUAUCAUAGACUUGGUAGAAUCACUCGUGAGCGAAAGUUAUUUCCUCUAAUCACUACUGGCUGGCUUGCCGAUUCUUCUUUUUUAAAGGAUUUGGCACGAAAGACUGAUAAUGAUGAACUGGUUUUCGCUUUGUAUAGGCCAAUCAUUAUAGAUACCAUUGACCGUGAUAAUUACACAAGCAUCUACAACUCUUUCUACGAUAGACGAGUAUGGAGAUGGUCAACCUUUUUUAGCGUUUUAUUUAUCAUUGAUUUUGCUGUUGGCAUCUUGGUAAAAGGACUACUACGAGGCUGGUCCGACCAUGAUGAGAACACAAAUGAUGAUUCUCUGCACCAAGAAAAGUUUGUGAUUCAUCCCAUUCCACUCCAUCAUCAGCUUGAUAUAUUACGGAUCGCAAUAUCUAGCAAUCAUAAAACACUGGCAAGUUAUGGUUUGGAUAAGUGCCUUGUUGUUUGGGAUUUACAGACAAGUCAGGUAAAGCUGAAAUUGAACAAGCAGCAAAUGCCGAAAACUCUCAAAACUUUUGCGAUUGAUCCAAGUGGAAAUUUAAUUGCUUUGUUUUCGAAAGAUAUACUGUAUAUCUUAGAUGUCAACGCGCCUUGUCUGUUAUUCCAAUGCUUUUUCCAAUGUCAAACUAAAGGUAGAUUGAAUGCAUUUUGGCUUCCUGAAGAAUAUUUAAGUGAGGAAGUUAAAGUGUAUGAUUUGGUGGUAACAGAACCUUCAGGUGAUAUUCAAGUUUUUCGUGUUAAAAUAAAUGACGGAGUUGCGGAAAUUCUUCUGGAGCAGAAGUUUAGCUUGAAUGCUGUCAUUUUGAAGUCUAUCCCAAUACUUUCUCCUAUAGCAAAUCGCUUCAUUUGCUUGACAGUUGAAAACAAGGUGAUUGUCUACACCAAGAAAGGUUCUGAAUGGACAUCUAGCAAUAUAAACGAAAACAACAAGGUUUCAUCGGAACGGAUUAAAGACAUUUUUCCUAUUUCUCCAGCCGACAUGCUUUUUAUUGCUGAUGAAAGCAAGAUUGCAAUGAUUAAUCUAAAAGAUAAUUGCAUUACUCAUAGCUUUGCCAUUCCCAAUGUCGCUGAUGGAACUCUGACCGUGGGAGUCAGUAACAGCAGAUUCGUGAAAGGGCAAUUUCGUAUCUCAUCUAUAUCUUUUUGUUUUGUUCAUCAGACAACAAGAAAUGUCGUCUAUCGUCACUAUGGGAGUGCGGAUAAUGAAUCUUACAUGGUGCUGAAUGAAUGGGGCAUGGGACCGAACCAGGUGGAUUUACACGACCCUGACAAUUCAAUUAUGGAAGAAUCGGUUGAAAACCUUCAAGAAAGUAUACAAGAGAUGCAAAAUGUUGGUUCAUGGGUGAUGAGUUUUGAUGGAAUGUAUGUUUAUGGAAUAAGGAGUCGAAAAAACAUUGAAAAGCCGCGUGCAGGUCAACCUGUAGAUUUAUAUGCCAAUGCUUCCCUUCGUAAUCGGAAGCAAAAACUUAGUCACCAUCAUGACUGGACUUCUUAUGUACCACUUCUAGAUUCUUACUUACAAGAAGUAAGGCAAAAGAGAUCGUUGCGAGGGAACAGUGGUUCUCAGUCAUGGGAAGUAUGGAUGUAUUCCCAGGCAGAAAAGCGCGAGCAGACAAGGCAGCUUAAAAUGUUUAAUCAAUUAUAUAUAGCUGAGCCAGGUCCCAGUUUGGUGAUAUCCCAACGUUCAGUUGCUAUUACCCUUGGGAAUUAUAUUACAUUUGUUGGUUAUGGCAGCAAAAAUGCUCGUGAAUUUUACUAUGACAAUGUUUCCAACGAAAUGAGUAUGAUAUUAGAACAAAAAAGAAAAUCCUUGAUGUGAGAGGCUGUUUUCUGGGUGAACAUCUCUUGUUUUAGUUUCUCCUAUAAUGUUGUAUUAUUUCAGUUAUGUACUAUUAGGUUUUUAUGGGUUGUUUCAAAUUGUUUCUAGAAAAAAAAAAUUGAGUUUGUGGUUUUCUUUUUUUCCCAAUUUACGUUGGAUUUUCAUUGAUACAUCCUAACAAGCCGG